GGGAUGAAGGUGUCCUGCACACACUUCCAGUGCUCUGCUGGAGCAUUCUCUUACCUGAGAGACCAUUUCAGCCACAACUUCAGCGUGGACAUGAGCCACCAGAUCCUCAACCUCAACAUCAACCUCAUGCUGGGACAGGCUCAGGAGUGUCUUCUGGAGAAGUCCAUGUUGGACAACAGGAAGAGUUUCCUGGUUGCUCGGAUCAGCGCUCAGGUGGUGGAUUACUAUAAGGACGCGUGCAGAGCUCUGGAGAACUCUGAGACGGCCUCCAUGUUGGGAAAGAUCCAGAAGGACUGGAAGAAACUGGUUCAGAUGAAGAUCUACUACUUUGCCUCCAUCGCACACCUCCAUAUGGGAAAACAGGCGGAGGAGCAGCAGAAGUAUGGAGAGCGGGUAGGACCACACACACGCACUCACACAGACAAA